CCCGAAGUAUUCUUGUCCAUUAAGACUCGGCGGAUUAAAAAAAGGUUUGGCCUUUCCGUGGAGUAGUUUCUUGACAUUUUCUUUCUGCUAUCUCUUACACAAUUGGGUAUUUAGCUGACACGACGAAGAAGGUCUCUCAUCAAUUAUCUGAGAUUUUUACAUAAGAAAGGCUCCGACAAAGCAGAUGGAAGACGAUAUGUGGUGCGUUAGCUCAUCUGGUUCUUCUAGAAGCUAUCGAUCGGAAACUGCUGCUAAGUAUCAAUCAGGGCCUUAUCAAGAUUUGGAAGAGUUUGAAGAAGUUGACGACGAUAUAGCAGUGGAGUAUCCAUGCCCGUUUUGCGCAAGUGAUUAUGAUUUAGUUGAAUUGUGUCACCAUAUCGACGAAGAACAUCGUCAUGAAGCUAACAAUGGGAUAUGUCCUGUAUGUAGCAAAAGGGUGAAGAUGCAUAUGGUGGAUCAUAUAACAUCACAUCAUAGAGAUGUCUUGAAGAGUGAGCAGAAGGAAAUGUCUUACAGGGAAGAUCCAUAUUUAUCUGAUAAAUAUCUUCAACCUCAUCUUGAUGAGUUGCCACCAUCUAUGAAUCAUCAUCAGCAUCCCUCUAAACAUGUUUCCGAUCAAUUUUUAUCGUUCAUCAACAAUUCUGCAUUACCAAAUCAGACCAAGCUUGUGCUGCCUGAUUCAAGUGUAGAAGACAAGAAUCCGAUUAAGGAUUCGUCAGCAGCAAAAGAGGGUACAUCGUCGUGUCCUUUAUCGGAUAGUGAUAAAUUGGAGAAGGCAAAGAAGUGUGAGUUUGUACAGGGACUGUUGUCAUCAGCCAUGUUUGAUGAUGAAUGUGACUCUUCUGAGUAAAAUAAAGAUGUGAAGUCGCCAAUGGGAAAGGCAGGUGAUUGUCAUUGUUGUAAUUUUAUUCAGCUCUAUUUAUAUAUAUGCAUCUUUUUUACAGACAUAACACUAGCUUUAGCCUUAUAAUAUAAGCUGAUGAGUUUUCAGUUUGUUUCUUCACAAGAAUCUUUUGUCGCAGAGCACCGUCCUUGCAAAUUUCUUUCCUGCAUCUAGUUAAAAUUGGGAUGUGUUUUUUUUAUAUGAGUAUAACAAUAGUGUG